CCCCUUUGUGUAAUCUUUUUCCUUUACUCUGUGCUUCAAGUACGUAGGAUCCUUUUAUUUUUGUUUUUGGUGCUUUGGUGCAAACACAAAGCGCGUGAGGAAAUGACGGGUGUCGCGUACUCCGCCCUGUCGUUUUUGAUGCUAGGGACGGAGACUCCUUCCAUGGAAAAAGCCACUAAAGAGAACCACCAUGGAAACCAUGAGCUCUCAUUCCAAGCAAAUCCACCUUGGCGGAACGGCAGCCAUGAGCGCAAUGGAGGCGGGGCGACCACAAUUGCGUUGGGUGCGAGAGAGAAGGAGCUUAGCUAUGGGACGAGGAGGGUUCUUAAAUCAAUGAUGCAUGCUUCCAAACUAUCUGCGUCUCAACAGCGGCACCUCGAUAGUCUUCUAGAUUCCCGAACCCCACUCCCCGCCACCCCGCAAGCCGGCAUGUCCCUCCGCCCCACAGAUCCAUCCUGCCUCGACCUCCACAUCGGAUACACACCCCCGGCACCCAGCAAGCGAGCGCCGGUGCCUGUUCGGGGCAGAAGACCGCAGAUCAGAACGUUGGGGACGAUUGCGGCCAGCGAUGCGUUUGAGAUUGAUAUGUGGCGGCCGAGUGUUCAGAAAAAUUACUCCGUCGAGAAACACCGCCUGCAGCGUCUCAUGGCAACCCACGGCGCACCUGCGGUUGACGUCUCCCCCGCCGCGGAAGGCGAGCUGUGGUCUGACGACGAAGUGCCUGGACGUCGCAGGAAGGGGCGGCGGGCGGCGGCGCCGAAGAGGGAAGAGGAGAUUGAUGAGUUCGAUAUGUUGAUGAACGAAAUUUCGGACAGGAAGAAAUGGUUGGACGACAUGACGGCGAUGGGAAAAGCCCAGCCGCACAAGCGGCAGAUACAGAGCGAGAUUGCGCUGAGGAUCAAUAUGCUUGAGAAGAUAGACAAAGAGCGCAGUGGAGCUUAGCGCCGAAGUGACCGCGGAGGUUCAGUUGGCCUGGAAGAGCCAAUUUCUUCACCCCGUAACCGAUUUCGCACACGCCAACCAAUUGCGCCAAACGCUCCUCCUACGUCUUUCAGCUCAGACUGGAAAGUCUUAUGUAGGGAUGCUUGUACCUAGAUGAUGUUGUGUAAGGUCCUUGUUUCUGUGCCCCAAGCACAUAACGAUUGCAUGUAUAUGUACAUGGAUGGUGCGAUAUUGAUUGU